AUGGGUGCUAGCAGUUCUAAACCAGAGGCGGGUAGCUCCCAACAUGUCUUCUCCAGCAAUUCUCCUGUCCAAUUCUCAUCAAACCUAGUUGAGGCCCUUCAGUCUACCUCCGAGACGGACUCAUCUCGCGCCAAAGCCCUCGAGCUUGAGAUCCAAAACCGCGUCGCUCAAGAACUCAAGCGUCUCCAAGAGCGCGAACAACAAACCCUCGCCGAGAUUGAGAAGCGUCUCUCCGAAGCCAAGGACAAUGGUUCAAUCCCCGUGAGCGCCGCAACUGCGCCCGUCGCCUACUCCUCUGGAUAUCCUGCUGGAUCUCUGAACCUGGAUGCGCCUCGUAUCCCCUUCGCUGGUCGCGAAUACGAUGCCCCACCCGUCUUUGCUGCACCUCAAGAACCGGCUGCUCAGCCGGCGCAGCCGCAACCUUCUGCCACUCGUGAGCUGUCACGCGAUUCAGUACUGAGCCAGAUUGACGUGCUGCGCAACCGUCUUGAUGGGCGGAGAAAGCUAGUGGAGCUGGACGAGGGUGUUGAGAAGGCCAAGGCCGAUGUGGUCAGCUGUCUGCGCGUGCACGACAGGCGACCUCUGGAUUGCUGGAAGGAGGUUGAGAAUUUCAAGAAGGAGGUCGCCAAGAUGGAGGCCGCCUUUGUCGACCGUGUUGUCGGUUAA